UCAAGUACGCCUCUGACCGAAAUAGUAAAAGGCUGGUAAAAUUAAACUAGUUAAUUCUAUUAGUUUUUAAGUUUAAGGAAGAUACUAUUUUUAGAAUGACAGUCUUCAUGUAUUUUUAUCUAUAUUUCUCCUUGGUUUGUUAAUUAACAAAAUUUUCUUUUUUUGUUAUUGGAAGAAUUCCACUUCUGAUAAUGCUAAUAUAUAAUAAUACGGUACAGUGAAUUCCUUAUAAUAAUGAAUUUACAUUGAUACAAUUCUCAAAAUUGCUACUAUGUUUAAGUUUUUUAUUACUACAAAAAUAUAAUUUAAAUUAAAUUAAAAAGACAAGUAUAUUUUUUUACUUAAAUAAUUUAUAAAACAGAUUAAACGAUUGUUUAAAAAAAUAUAAAAAAACAUCUAACUAAAGAAAAAUAAUUUUUAAAUCAAUACCUCCUCAACUUCACACCAAAAUUCAUGAGAAUAAAUAAUUUAUUGUAUUUGAGGAAAGCAGGCUUCUUGAUCAUAUAUUUAAAAGAAAUAACGAUAUUUAUGAAAAUAAAAUAGUUAACGUUUUAAAAGAUAUAAUAAAUCAAGAUAAUAGUGAAACCAAACUCAAAAUAUUAUUGUAAAUAUGUGUAAAACAAUAUUUUGUUUCUCUCCGAGAAAUUUGCUUUAUUAUAAUGAUUAUUUAAUAAUUUUUUUUUCUCUAAUGCAUUUUUUAAAAUGGCAAAGACGAAAUGGUCUUAAAACUAUUGAAAUGACGAAUCAAAUUAAAAAUAAAAUUUUAGUUUCAAAUUCCUUAUUUUUUAAGAAUAUGGUACAUAAACAGCGUAAAAUUCUUUUUUUUGCUUUAUUGAAAAGCAACGUAUUUGUUGACUUAUGCCCUUUAACUUAUGUACCGCCCAAUUAUAUCGUAUUUUAAUAUUGAUAUAUUUUAUCUGAAAAUACAAUCGUAUUAAAAUGUGUAAUGUUUUUAUACCUUUUAUCAUAAAAUACUAUUUGUAAUGGUAUAAGUAAUGAAAACUGAAACUAAUAAUAUUAUAACAAGUUACAAAUUCAUUAUUAAGUUAAAUGAGAUAAUAUGUAAAUUGUUUUCUAAAGCUUUUUAUUUUAUAAUAUAAUGAUUAUUUUAUUAAUAAUAUUAAGUUUUAGUUUUAUAACUUGUUCAAAUUCAGCUGAUAUAUUAGUAAUAUUUCCAACAACUGCUCAGAGUCAUUACCGUGUUAUUCAACCACUUAUCCAUAGUCUUUUGGAUAGAGGACAUAGUAUAUUAUCAAUUACAAAUUUUCCUGAUUCUGAAUAUAGAGCUAAUUUGUCUCAUAUUGACAUUUCUAGACUUAAACCUCAUACUAAAUUUAGUGCUGGAUCUCAUACUUUGUUUCCAAGUAAUACUUUUACUCGCAUAAUUAAUAAUUUAGAUAAUUAUGGAAGAAUUCUUAACUAUAAACCAGUAGUAAAGCUUUUACAAUCCAAACGAAAGUUUGAUUUGGUAAUUGUUGAAAUUAUGACUUCGACGCCAAUUUUUACACCUAUUGCUGGAGUAGUAAAUGCACCAAUUAUAGGUGUUUGUCCAAUGUUUUUAUUUCCAUGGAUUAAGAAGGUGAUUGGAGAGCCAGAAGUAGUAUCCUAUAUGCCAAACUUUUUUCCAAUGUCUAACUAUACAACAGAAAGUUCAGUCAUUCAACGAACUAGUAACACUCUAUUUCAUUUGUUUUAUACAGGAUUAUUUGACUGGUUGUUUUCUAUAAAAGUACCAGUCAAAGUUGAAAAACAUUAUGGCAUUAGGCUAUCUACAUUAGAAUCUAUGAGUAAUAUAAGUUUAAUACUUCUUAACUCACACUUAAGUAUUUUUCCAGCUGUACCUCAUGCGCCUGGAAUCAUAGAAAUUGGAGGCAUUCAUAUUGUAGACGUCAAACCUAUUCCUAAAGAUUUGGAAGAAUUUAUUGAUGAUUCUAAAAAUGGUGUUAUCAUAUUUAGUUUGGGAUCUAUUGUUUCUGAGGAUACAAUAGGACAAGACAAAUUAGAUUCUAUAUUUGACAUAUUUUCUAUGCUAAAAGAAAGAAUAAUAAUGAAAUUAGAUUUAAAAAAUAAUAUUACUUCACCUUCAAAUGUGAAAAUUGUCAAAUGGUUACCCCAAAGAGACCUCUUAGCUCACCCUAAGGUAUUAUUGUUUAUUUCACAUGGAGGCUUAAUGAGUGUUUUUGAAGCAGUUCAUUGUGGAAAACCAAUAGUUGGUAUACCAAUUUUUGGUGAUCAACCAGCCAAUAUUAAGUAUUUGGUUUAUAAAAAAGUAGCAGUUUUAGUUAGUUAUGAAAACCUUGGUACAUCAAUAUUUAAUGAGGCAAUUCAAACUGCAUUAUCUACAGAAUUUAGAAAAAAUAUGAAACAGCUUCAACAACUUUACUUUGAUAGACCACAAUCCCCUUUACAAACUGCAUUAUUUUGGACUGAAUAUGUGCUUAAAAAUGAAAACUCAAUUCCAGAUGUCUUGAAAACUAAACAAAUUUAUUUAAAUUGGUUUCAAACCUAUUUAUUAGAUAUAAGUGUCACUCUAACUCUUAUUUGUUUGCUUACAAUUUACUUUUUAAAAACUGUAUUUGUGUUCUUUAAUAAUUAUUCAUACAAUAAUUAAUUUAUUAAAAUAUAAUAUUUAUUAAAACCAAAAUUUGUGU